UUUUCAGGCCGUAAAGGCUUAAGUGCCAACUACAUUCACACUUCCGAUAUCGGGCCUGAUAAUCGCUUUCCGUCUCACGGAAUAUCAGCACAUCGUUAACAAUAUUAGAAAUGUAAUUAAUACUUUGUCUAAUUGCCAAAAAGGCAUGUCGGGUAUCGGGAAGUGUGGAUGUAAUUGGUCCUUUAUUACUAGAGUGAGACCAAGAUAAGUUGGCAGCGAUUUUGAUAGCCGAGCCUGUGCAAGUUUUAAAUAAACGUCAUACUUUCAUAGAUGUUUGACAUUAAAAAUAAGUUAUUUAAAAAAUAACUAUUAAGUGUUAUUUUAAAUAACACUUGCACUCUCUGGGCUGCCAAAAUUGCUGCUAACUUAUCUUGGUUUGACUCUAUUUAUUAUGACAUCCUUCCUGCCAUCGGACCAUAGGUAAAUCCACAACAGUUGGCGUGACAUCCAUUUUGCACAUAUAAAUAUAGUAAGUGACAGGAAGGCUUUAAAGUAAUAAAAGCAUUAUACGUCAAAAUAUAUUUGUCUCUGGGAAACUUCAAAAUGACACUGACAGUGUUGUGUCGAGUGGACGAUAGAUUAUUUGGCUCGAUUCUUGCUUUAUUUUUAUUGCAAUGAAAUAAGAAUAUUUAAGGUGUAAAUCUCGUUAAUACUAAGCCUUUAAAAUGUAAAUGUGUCUUUGCAGUUAAGUGUACAGAUCAUAUAAUAAUCAAAGAGUGUAUAGUACAGUAAAUUGUUCAUCAUGAGUAUCAGGCGGCUGUCAACUGUGUUCUGGGCGACAUGCAUCAUGGCCUUCAUCUUCAUCCUGUAUGUGGUGACGGAUUUGAGCUUCAAGCUACCUAGCAUCAAGCCAGCUAUGCAGGAACUUGAUGAUAGUAAAUGGACAAUGUUUGAAUCUAAACUCCGCCACAUAGAGGACGAAUUGAACCAGCACCACGCAGUAGUUGGUGAAAUCAAAUCAGCCAUCGACCAAAUCGGGGAGCAUCCGGAACUCGGCCACCAUGUUGCCCCGCAGGAGAAUGUACUACAAGUACCGAAGCAUAGCAGAAACGAACUACAAGUGCCGAAACAUUCUGGAAAGGAUGGUAGAGAGAAGGAGUUUAAGGCAGUGGUUGCUGAGCCUCCUAAGUUGAGGCCGAAGUUGAAUGAGUCUGCCUGCCCCAUUCAGAUGCAUGUCACGCCAAAAACGGAUGUACAGAUGUUAUCAAUGUACGAUAGAAUAAUAUUCGACAACGAGGACGGCGGCGUGUGGAAGCAGGGCUGGAAGAUCGAAUACGACGACAAGCAAUGGAGCCAGAAGAAUAAGCUCAAAGUGUUCAUCGUGCCGCACUCACACAACGAUCCAGGAUGGUUGAAAACCUUCGAGAACUAUUACAAGACGCAGACCCGCGCGAUAUUCACCAACAUGGUGGAAAAAAUGGCGGCCGGCGUCGGCCGCAAGUUCAUCUGGGCGGAGACCAGCUUCCUGGCGCUGUGGUGGGACAACGACGCCUCGGACAAGGAGAAGGAUAUAUUUAGGGGUCUCCUAAAAUCCGGCCAAAUCGAGAUCGUAACCGGUGGCUGGGUGAUGAACGACGAGGCAAACUCCCAUUGGCUGUCCAUCAUUCAGCAGCUCACCACGGGCCACCAAUGGUUGCUCGACAACCUUAACUACACGCCCAGGAACGCCUGGUCUAUAGACCCGUUUGGAUAUUCGAGCUCACAACCAUAUUUGCUCAAGUUGGCUGGAUUUGAGAAUUCUAUCAUACAGAGAGUGCAUUAUAGAGUGAAGAAGGAGUUGGCGCUGAAUAGGCAGUUGGAGUUUAAGUGGAGACAGUUGUGGGAUGGUGUCGGCAAGACGGAUAUGUUUACUCACAUGAUGCCGUUCUACUCCUACGACGUUCCUCAUUCGUGCGGACCAGAUCCCAAGAUUUGCUGUCAGUUCGAUUUCAAACGGCUGCCAGGAAACGGCGUGACUUGCCCGUGGGGUACGGCGCCCAGAAAAAUCAUACAAAAGAACGUCCAUGAGAGAUCGAAUUUGAUCCUCGACCAGUGGCGGAAGAAGGCCCAGCUCUACCGCUCCAAUGUUGUGUUGUUCCCACUCGGUGACGAUUUCCGCUACGACCGCUCUAACGAGUGGGACAACCAGUACCAGAACUACGAGAUGAUUAUAGACUAUAUUAAUAACAACGAGGCUUGGAACGCAGAGGUCCAAUUCGGAACUCUCCAAGACUACUUCAAGGCUUUGCACGAAGAGAUGAAGCUAUCAGACUUCCCCGUACUCUCUGGGGAUUUCUUCACGUAUGCGGAUAGGAAUGAGCACUACUGGAGCGGGUACUACACGUCGAGGCCCUUUUAUAAGAACAUGGACCGCGUCCUGUUAGCUUACGUUAGGGCAGCUGACAUAAUAACGUCUCAAGCGAUAUCAUCCAAUUCAGUCACCUAUAUCAUGUCGCUGACUUUAAGAGACAAGGUGGAGUCGGCGCGGCGCGCGCUGGCGCUGUUCCAGCACCACGACGGCGUCACCGGCACCUCCAGGGACGACGUGCGCGCCGAUUAUGCCGCCAAAAUGCUCACAGCCAUCAAACACAGCCAAUCCGCCAUCCAGCAAGCGGCCUACUUCCUCCUGAAACAGCCCGAUAUCCUCGACCAGACUCAAGAAGACGUGUUCUUCGACGUGGACGAUAUCUGGCGGCAGAAGGACGAGAUUCCAUCAAGGAUUACUAUGACUUUGGACCCGCUAUCGUCUUCGAGGCGGGUGCUGUUGUAUAACUCGCUGACGUUCAGACGGCAGCAGAUAUUGACUCUGUUCGUCUCGACGCCGCAUGUCGAGGUAUUCGAUCCAGAAGGCAAACCAAUAAUGUCCCAAGUGUCACCCGUGGUAUCAGGGGAAAAGCGGCUAGCAUUCGCCGCGAACAAGUUCCAACUGUCUUUCCCCGUCACGGUAGAGCCGCUGGCCAUCACGACGUACACCGUGUCACUACGGGACACCACUAGCAUUAACAAAUACACCGCAUUCUCCCGCGUGCGCGUGUACAACGCAGACUACUGGAACAUUGACCUGCCAAAGAUGUUCGCCAUCGACCAACCUACCGCGCGUCUCAGCGAAGACGUCGCGUUCCAAGCAGGCAAUGGGACGAGGGUGGUCGCCACCAUGAAAGGCUUGAUAAAGGCUCUAGUGACGCCUAAUGGGGAAACUAUGCCUGUUCAUAUGGACUUUGUACAAUACGACUCCAUGCAAGCACCCGACAACAACAGCGGAGCCUAUCUUUUCAUUCCAUCAAAGCCAGGAACCGUGUUCCGUACGGACGCCUUCCCUGAACUGGUCAUCACAGAGGGACCCUUCAAAGCCGCGCUGUACACCGGCCUGAAUGGCGCUAACUCUGCUGAGAUCGUGUUGGCGAUAUCCGUGUUCGACAACCCGUCACUUCCGCAGACGGAAGUGGAGAUCUCCAACACGUUCCUGAUAGAUCCGCAGGUCAACGACCUCGAGCUGGCCAUGCGAUUCUCGACCUCCAUCAAGAAUAAGGAUACGUUCUAUACUGACCUUAAUGGCAUGCAGAUGAUAAAACGUCGCUAUUUCGAGAAGCUGCCCCUCCAAGCGAACUUCUACCCGCUGCCGGCCGCAACGUACAUCGAGGACUCUGACGCGCGCCUCACGCUGCUCACCUCGACGCCGCUCGGCAUGGCGGCGCUGCAACCUGGACAGCUCGAGGUUAUGCAAGACCGACGCCUAAGUAAAGACGACAACCGCGGAGUGAACCAGGGUGUACUCGAUAACGUGCGAACAAGGCAUACCUUCCGCCUCAUAUAUGAGAAGGCCAACACGCCGUGCCAGCAAAAGCAUUCCCCAGACCAUCCCAGCGGUCAGCUGACCCUCGGCGCCCACAUAUCGUCGCAGAGCCUCCUGCACCCGCUGGUGGCCAUGCAGUACUCCGCGCGGACCGGAGUAGCCCUGCCCGCCUACAGGCGCGCGCGGUCCAGCGCAGCCGAUGUGGUGCUGGCCGAGUUCAGUGCGCAUGUCUCGGCCAAGAAGAAAGACGGCAACACAGUCCACGGCAUGGGCAUGACCUUCCAGAGGGUAUACCUGGAUCAGUGCUACGGGAACGCGGAGAUCGCCAAGUGGUACCCGACCAGCGAAGGCAUCAUCCAACUAUCAGACAUGAUAGACGCCGCACCGGAGCAAAUCUUCUCCAGCUCCCUAACGUUCACGCACGUACGGAACCCCGUGCCCGACGGCGCGCUCACGCUCUGCCCCAUGGAAAUACGGUCCGUCUUCAUCAACAAGACUUUGAAACAUGGCUGAACCUUACCUGGACAGAAAACGCGCGAAAAGUGAGGACGGUUGGAAUAAGACGCAUAUUAACCGUUUAGCCAAAGGAAUAUAAUUAUCUACCACCUUUUGAACCCUAUCUGUUUUCGAUAAGGUUCAAAAUCUUUAAAAAAAACCCACGACCUCGUGCUGCUAUCCAAAGGCAGGAAACACAUGGAAAUAGGAGUCGACCGGACAGAUCCCGUCUUAAUCAUUUCUUUUUGUUAACUUCAAACAUUUCUAUAUUCUGCGACAACACACCGUUACGUAGUUUACGUCGGGUCCAGCGACAUCUAACGGCAUGUUGGGACAACCAUAUUACUAAAACUACCACCAUAUUACAGAACUUAAAGUACGUACUCUGACUCAACGAAAACUGCGCAAACAAAGAAUAGGAAG